AUGGAAUGGUUAAUGAGCGCCGAGGGCCUGAAUGCCCGUGAGGAGCUGGAGGCGUCUGUUCGUGAGCACCACCCUAACUUUCGUGAUGAGGAGGUCGACCUCAUUGUGGACGGACGACCACUACGCAUGGUUCGGGAGCGCGCGGCAGAGCAAGCACCUGCGAGCGGCCAGCAAGAAGGAACUGGUGAAGGAGGAGCUGAGCACGAGGCUCCAAUUGCCGUAGGCGUUGGAGGAGGAGCUGUUGCUCCGACCAUUGACACGGGAAUGAUCGGGACGAGCUACAGUCAAUUCAAGUUUGGAGUGGAGCAUAUCUCCAUAACACCGCUGCUGGAGGGAAGGCACGACCUCACCGCGUGGCUAGCCCAACUCAGGAAGGGAGAUGAUGAGACGGCGGAAUCCUACUGCAACAGGGCCCGCACCAUCCGAGCGGAGCUGCUGACCAUUGGACAGGAGGUCCACAUGGCCACGUUCGCCGCUCACGUGCUGAAGGGUCUGCCACCGGAGUACGGUUUUCUUCGCCGCAAGCUCGACAUUUCCAGCCCUGACAUGACGGUGGAACGUGUGUGCAGCGAGGUGUUGAUGGAGGAGCAGACUCUCUCCAUCGAACACAGUUACAAGCAGAUCACCAGCGAUGCAUCUGCUUUCUCGGGCGCUGUCAACACGAUCGUGGCUACAAUGGGGGUCAACGGGAAGGAAGGAAAAGUGGGGAAGGAGCAGAAGGACAAGAAGAAGGAUGGCAAGCGGGAGAAGAAGCGAGGCCCCUUCAAGGGGCGCUGCUACAACUGCAAUGAGGAGGGGCACAUGGCUGCCAAGUGCCCCAACAAGAAGAAGGAUGUAACGCCCGCGGCAGCCGCAAACGUUGCUGAAGGAGACGGGAAGGGCGUGGCGCUCACCGUCGCGUUUUCGGCUGCAAAGCUGCUAGCCGACGACAAGGACUUGUGGUUCCUUGACUCGGGAUGCUCCCAACACAUGACCAGCUGCAAGGAGUGGUUCACGGUGAUCCGUGACCCAUCUGCAACGAAAUACGUCAAAGGGUUUGAUGGUUCAAUGCAGGAAGUUGCCGGUGUUGGUGAGGUUUUGCUGGAGGGCACUAACGGCUUGCGUGUGACCCUACAUGAUGUCCUCUUUGUGCCAGGAAUGAAGGCCAACUUGGUCUCCCCUGGGCAGCUCUUGGACAAGGGAGCAAAGCUGCAAACCGAGGAAGGUGUCACUCGCAUCAUCGCAUCAGGAGGUCAAGUGGCUGCAACGGCACGAUACCGCCAUCGCCUUCACUGCCUUGACCUGAAACCGGGGCCAGCAAGGAACGGUGCAACGGCUGCAGCGGCAUGCAACGGCACGGUGGCUGCAGCGGCAUGCAACGAUCUGGCUGCUGGAGCGGCGAGCAACGGCACGGCGGCUGCAACGGCAAGCAAUGGCACGGCGAAGGAGAUUGCUGAUGUGGCGUCAAGCAAGCCGUAA